UUAUAUUUAUAUCGGUUUCCAGAAUUGACACAGAAAGUUUUUUUUAACACCAUACAAUAUACGGUUCAAACGAUCAAGUGUCACUGUGUCUUUCUUGCUGCCAAUUCCCUAGUUAAACCGUGCAUGGCAAUCGAUACCAUCAUUCCAGCCACGAUGAGCAGCAGCCCUGCACCUUGCAGCCGAUCCUGGUCUAUUAGCGAGGACUCCCUAAGAAGGUAUGUGCAGUUUGCAAGUGAAAGCUGUAUACAAGAGUUGUUGGCAGCUUCAGACACAAACAGAGGAAAGGACAGUGACGGAUGGAAGAUUCUAACUCUUGACAACGGAGUGGAGAUAUCAAAACGCAGGUCAGGCUCACUCCACACGUUUCGCAGCCGUUGGAUUCUUAGAUCUGUCUCUCCCCAACAGUUCAUCACAGUGGCCAAUGCCAUUGAUGCUGCAAAGCAAUGGGACUCUGAUCUGGUGGAAGCCAGGUACAUAAAAGAUCUUGAAGACAACCUCAGCAUAAUUCGUCUCAGGUUCGGAGAUAACUCGAAGCCUCUCUUCCGGAACAGGGAGUUCAUUGUCUAUGAACGCCGUGAAACCAUGGAAGAUGGCACCUUGGUGGUAGCGGUUGCUUCACUGCCAAAGGAAAUAGCUGCAGGAUUGCAUCCGAAGCAAAGUAAUGCGAUCAGAGGAUUGUUGCUUCAGUCAGGUUGGGUGGUAGAGAAGCUUGAAGAUGAUUCAUGUGUGGUCACUUAUGUUGUUCAGUUGGAUCCUGCAGGGUGGCUACCGAAGUGCUUUGUCAAUCGAUUUAACACAAAACUAGUUAUGAUCAUUGAAGACCUUAAAAAAUUAGCUCAAGCAUGUCCCAGUGAAGGUGAAAUUUGAUUACUUUGUAAAGUUGCAAACAAAGCUAGUGCAACCAAGUAUAGUAGAAUAUAUAUGUUCAUCAUUUCAUACAUAAACUUAAAUAACUUUUAGGUUUAUAAUACAUAAUUUUUAUUUUCAA